GCUGUGCGCGCGCCUUCGCCGCUGCCUCCCAUCCCCUCGACGGGAGGGUGAGGAGCGGAGGAGUGAUCAGGCGUCUGGGGUCCGAUGCGCGUGCGCAGCGAACAGCUGUCACCUAGUGCGGAACAAGUCUUCCAAAUUUCCCAAAUCUCUCUGGGCCGGAGGCCACCUUCUUCCUCCUCAUCUUCCUUCUUGGGGUCGUAUCUCCGUCCCCACCCGCGCGCCAGAGACUGCCCUAGUCAUUAUGGAGGUGGCCGAGGUGGAGAGUCCUCUGAACCCCAGCUGUAAGAUCAUGACCUUCAGACCCUCCAUGGAGGAGUUUCGGGAGUUCAACAAAUACCUUGCAUACAUGGAGUCUAAAGGAGCCCAUCGAGCGGGUCUUGCAAAGGUAAUUCCUCCUCGGGAAUGGAAGCCAAGGCAGUGCUAUGAUGACAUUGAUAAUUUGCUUAUUCCAGCACCAAUUCAGCAGAUGGUCACAGGGCAGUCGGGACUGUUUACUCAAUAUAACAUCCAGAAAAAAGCCAUGACAGUGAAGGAGUUCAGGCAGCUGGCUAACAGUGGCAAAUACUGUACUCCAAGAUACUUGGAUUAUGAAGAUUUGGAGCGCAAGUACUGGAAGAACUUAACUUUUGUGGCACCCAUCUAUGGCGCAGAUAUUAAUGGAAGCAUAUAUGAUGAGGGUGUGGAUGAAUGGAACAUAGCUCGCCUAAAUACAGUCUUGGAUGUGGUUGAGGAAGAGUGCGGUAUUUCUAUUGAGGGUGUAAACACCCCUUAUCUCUAUUUUGGCAUGUGGAAAACCACAUUUGCGUGGCACACCGAGGAUAUGGACCUCUACAGCAUUAAUUAUCUCCACUUUGGAGAGCCCAAGUCUUGGUAUGCAAUACCCCCGGAACAUGGAAAACGACUUGAAAGACUAGCUCAAGGUUUUUUCCCAAGCAGUUCUCAAGGGUGUGAUGCAUUUCUUCGCCACAAGAUGACACUGAUCUCUCCCUCAGUACUGAAGAAGUAUGGCAUACCCUUUGACAAGAUCACUCAGGAGGCUGGAGAAUUUAUGAUCACUUUUCCAUAUGGCUACCAUGCUGGUUUUAAUCAUGGUUUCAACUGUGCAGAAUCUACAAAUUUUGCUACAGUCAGAUGGAUUGACUAUGGGAAGGUUGCUAAAUUGUGCACCUGCAGAAAAGACAUGGUGAAAAUUUCAAUGGACAUUUUUGUGAGGAAAUUUCAGCCAGACAGAUAUCAGCUUUGGAAGCAAGGGAAGGAUAUAUACACCAUUGACCAUACAAAGCCUACUCCAGAAUCCACACCUGAAGUAAAAGCAUGGUUGCAGAGGAGGAGGAAAGUAAGAAAAGCAUCCAGGAGUUUCCAGUGCACUGGUUCUUACUCUAAGAGGCUUAAGAAUGAGGAAGACGAAGAAGUGUCACCUGCAGUAGAUGGGGUGGAGGGUCUUACCCCUGACCAAGACCCAGAAGACCUCAAGGUCAGUGAAAAAUCAGAAGAAGCAGUGAAGAUGGGGAACACAGAAUCUCCUUCUGAAGAGGAGGCUUCUGCUAGCAGGAAGCAGCCAAAUCAGAAUUCACUGGAUAGUAUCAAACUCUCAGGAAAUAUUUGCUUAAGCACGUCUAUAACAGAGGAAAUACAGACUAAGGAUGACCAUGCCUGUGGUAUAAUUCUACCUUCAAAUCCCAGUGAAGCUGAUGAUUCCAUAUCUGGUGGCUAUGUGGCAUCUAAGGAAUCAGAGCCACCCAAGCUUCCAUGGCCAAAGUCACCUGAGUCAUGCUUCUCAGUGGCAGAGAGUAACAGUGUGUUGACAGAGGGAGAAGAGAGUGAUAUGGAAAGUCGCAGGAGUGGCCUUGAACCUGGGGAGGUCCCAGUGGUUCCCAGUGGAGAGAGAAAUGGCCUCGAUGUCCUCGGUAGAAUAGAGGGAGAAACCAAAACUGCUAAAAGUUGGCGCCUUCCGCUUAGUAAGCCUCCAGCAAGGUCCCCAUUGACUCUGGUGAAGCAACAGGCAACAAGUGAUGAAG